AUGGACCAGCAACCCAGCAAUGGCACCAGAGACGCCGCCGCAGCAUCCAUAUCCGACGCCAACGGCGGCGUUCCUGGCCUGAACCCCGAUCUCGCCGUGCCGACUUCCAUGCCAGCCAUGAUGAUGCCCGGCCAAGGCUUCAUCCCAGACCAAUCUCUCGCCACCACAGCCGCCAUCCCAGACGCCUCAGCCACGGCUCCUCUCAUGUUCAGCAACGGCAACGGCGUCCUUGCCAACAAGGCCAUCACAGCAGAUGAAAUCGCCCUCUAUGACCGUCAAAUCCGCCUCUGGGGCAUGGCCGCCCAGGCCAAGAUCCAAAACGCCAACAUCCUGCUCAUCACCAUCCGCGCCCUCGCCAACGAAAUCGCCAAGAACCUCGUCCUCGCAGGCAUCGGCUCCCUCACCGUCCUCGACAGCGCCGCCGUCACCGAGGCGGACCUGGGCGCGCAGUUCCUCCUCUCCGAGGUCGACAGCCCCGUCGGCAUGAACCGCGCCGAGGCCGCCAGCGCCGCCCUGCGCAAGCUCAACCCGCGCGUCCGGGUGCACGUCGACGCCGAGGGCGUCAAGGCCAAGGGCCCCAGCUACUUUGGCGCCUUCGACGUCGUCAUCGCCACGGACCUCGACCCGGACUCGUUCAACCUCAUCAACACGGCCACCCGCCUCAACGGCAAGGCCUUCUACGCCGCGGGCACGCACGGCAUGUACGGCUUCAUCUUCAGCGACCUCAUCGAGCACGACUACGUCAUCGAGCGCGACCUCGGCAACGUCGCCACCCAGCCGCGCCAGGAAACCCGCACGCGCUCCAUCGUCAACGUCCAGACCAACAAGGAGGGCGCCAAGACGGUCGAGUCCGUCACCAAGCGCGAGCUCUACUCCACCUGGUUCCUCGCCAGCGACGUCGCCGGCCUGCCCGACGAGUACAGCAAAUCCAGGCGCCGCCUGCGCAGCGUCACCCCGGCGCUCUCGUGCCUGCGCGCCCUGUGGGAGUUCAUGCAGAUCCAGGGCGGCCGCCUGCCGGGGACGCGCGAGGACCUCAAGCUCUUCACGCAGAUCGCCACGCAAAAGCACAAGGCCCUCAACCUCCCCAGCGAGACCCUGAGGCCCGAGUUCCUGCGCAGCUUCCUGCAGAACCUCGGCAGCGAGAUUGCGCCCGUCACGGCCAUCCUGGGCGGCCAGCUGGCGCAGGACGUCAUCAACGUGCUCGGCCAGAAGCAGCAGCCCAUCCAAAACAUGGUCAUCUUCGACGGCACCACCAUGGAGGCCCCCAUGUACCCCCUCCAUCCCGAGGUUCCGGAAACGCAGGCACAAGUAAGCUCAGCCGACAACCCAACAACGAGCGCACCGCCUCCGAACGACCCAAUGAGCGCACAAUGA